AUGAAAGCGUCCUCCGUUCUAUUGACCCUGUUUACCCUGGCUUCCACCGGGUUGGCCGACAAGACGUGCACACCCAGCUUCGACUACUGCUCCGAUGUCUUGAUUGGCUCUAAAGGCUUCACCGAGGCGGAUCUCGUCGAGGUUCUGAAGGGCACCGAUUAUGAAAACGAGGACGUGAAGAAUGUUCUGUUUCACUGCAUGAACCCCGGAAUGGUGGGUCACCCCAAGCUUUGCAGCAGCGGGUGCAAGGACCCAGCAACCGAAGGCAGCCACAAGUGCGAUGGGUAA